AUGGCUGUGCAUUCCGCCAAAGUCUUGGCUGCACUCUUGGCAGCUGCUUGCCUCCAGUGGUCCGUGGCUGAGCCAGACCAUGAGGGCAACUGCGCUAUGCAAGUCGGCAUCCGACGGAAGUCCGGCGGCGACUUUGGUGACGAUGACACGCCGGCAAAAGUGGCGGAUUCUCCAAAGGCACCCGCUACCGAGGCGACUGCGGAGGAACCUGCAGCGGAGGAACCCAUGGCUGAGGAAACUGCCCCAGAGGAACCCGCAGCAGAGGAACCCGCAGCAAAGGAACCCGCAGCAGAGGAAUCGGCUGUGGAGGAACCUGCUGUGGAGGAGCCCGUCGCAGAGAUUCCCGACGUAGAGGAAACCCCCGCCACCAUCGAACCUGCAGACCCGUCAGAGAUGGAGGAGCCUGCAGUGGAGGAGGCAUCCGAUGCGGGCAUCUAUUCCGACGCCGCCGGUGCAAGUGGAGCCAAGAAGCAUCCAGCCACGAAGGGCCAUGGAAAGUGGGCGCAGGCCCACAAGAAGGAAGCCACCAAUGGAAAGGCGUCUGCUGGAAAGUCCGUCGGAGGAAAGAAGGCAGGCAAGUGGGCCGGCAAGUCCAACCAUGCAAAGGCAGCAAAAGCCAACGCAGCCGACUCUGACUUUGUAGAGGUGAUGAUUGACAGGUUUUUGAACAAGAAGGUCCCACCCAAGAACGAGGAUGUGUCGGAACAUGCCCCCUUGGUCUUCAUGCACCAACACCGCGCCGGCGGCACCACUAUGCGAAAGUUGCUCUACAACCAGUCCGUGAACAUGAAGCUGUCGCCGCACAUCAUGUGCUCCGGUGGUGUUUCCUGCAGGGAGUUUAAGAACAACGACGCUAAAGCCGCAGUCUACGGAGGCCAGUUCUGCUGGCGAGAGCUCAUGGACAGCUUGCCGGAGAAGAAGGUUUCUUGCUUGACCAACUUCCGCGAACCUGUGGCACGCAUCCAGUCCUGCUACCACAACCGGCUUGUUCACACGAAGAAGAUUGCUCCAGCAUGCAUGGGCAAGUUGGAGCCGAGCAAGUUGAAGUCACUGCUGCAGAACUACGGUUGUGUGAACGAGCUCCUCGGCCAGUGCCAGUCAGGAAGCCACGAUAUAGCUGCCAUCGUCAUCGUCAUCAUCAUCACCAUGCCACUGUCAAUCCUGCGACAACAACAACAACAACUGCUACUUCUACUUAUUCUACUUGCUACUACUACUACUACUACUACUACUCCUGCUGCUGCUGCUACUACUACUACCACCACCACCACUACUACGACUACGACUACGACUACGACUACGACUACGACUACGACUACGACUACGACUACUACUACUACUACUACUACCACCACUACCACUACCACUACGACAACUACGACUACGCCUACGACUACUACUACUUCUACUACUACUACUACUACUAUUACGACUACUACUACAACGAGGACUACCACUACCACUACCACUACCACUACGACGACUACGACUACGACGACGACGACGACGACUACUACUACUACUGCUACUACUGCUGCUACUACUACUACUACUACUACCUAUACUACUAGCCACCCCCGCCUACCAACUACACCUGCUCCAUCCGGGAUGGGCAGUGGCGGCUUCUAUGCUCCCUCACUGCGAAAGCUGCAGAAGAUGCGGGGGCUCAGGCUCCCUAUCUGUGACUUGCAGAGGGCGAAGUUGCAGAGGCUCAGGCCCCAAAACUGCGACAGCAGUUGGAAUUGCAAACUCGAGGGGUAG